GAGAUAAUUUUGAUCGAUAUGGCAGCCAACAUGAGAUCUAGAUGGUUCAAGUACUAUGGUUCAUUUCAUGAAAUCAAUCACAUGGUCAUCAUUGGCCUUGUAUUAGAUGCAAGGUUCAAGUUGAAGAAUGUGACUCACACCUUUCAAACUGAAGGUUUAGAUGAUGAUGAAGUGCAGAGAAGAACCUUGGAAAUUAAAACGCUUCUAUUUGCUCUAUAUGAUCAGUAUGUCAUGGUUGUAGAUGGAGGUAGACACUUGCAAAGGCAGCAGUCUCCAGGCUCUUCAUCUAGCACACUUACAAGUAGAAGCAACCACAGCAGAGGAGGAGUUAGAGGCCAGCUGCUUAAUAAUUGGAAGAAGGUUGUUCAAGAAAGCAGUGAGGCAGUCAUAGCACAUGAAGUGGAUCAGUACCUGGAUGCUCCAUUGGACCCAACUGAUGAUGAAGAUUGCUUUGACAUCCUGUGCUGGUGGAAGAUAAAUGGUUGCAAGUUUCCAGUCUUGGCAGCAAUAGCAAGGGAUGUUCUUGGAAUCCAAACCUCCACAGUAGCCUCCGAGUCUUGUUUUUCAACAGGAGGCAGAGUGAUUGACUGUUUUAGGAGCUCAUUAACUCCUAGAACAGUGGAGGGACUGAUUUGCAUGCAGAACUGGUUGCUAGGUGAUGAUAUUGCAGAGGUUGUUGAUGAUUGCUCAAUUGAAAACCUCGAGUUUUAUGAAGAAGUUGAGCAAGAGCAUGAAAGCACUGCAUCUAGCAAAACCAAUGUAUGUCCAGCUCCAAAUCCAAGAGCAAAAGGCAAGGGAAAGCUUGGGGCAGCUAGUAAUGUGAUAGAUGUUUGAACUUUGUUCAAUUCAUUUAGUUGUGUGCACAU